AUGAAGAAGACACAGAGCACCACCCUGCGUCGGGCCUGGCCCAGCUCAGAUUUCUCGGACCGGGCCUCGGAACGCACCCGGUCCCGCAGCGAGAAGGACUACCGCCUCCACAAACACUACCCCCCUCAGUACAUCUGCCAGUCCCCCCGGGGCUACAUGACAUCAGGUGAUGUGUCUCCCAUCAGCAUGUCUCCCAUCAGCCAGUCACAGUUCAUCCCUCUGGGGGAGGUGCUGUGCCUGGCCAUUUCGGCCAUGAACUCCGCCCGCAAGCCUGUCACCCAGGAGGCCCUGACAGAACACCUGGCAACAUGUUUCCCAGGUGUGCCCACGCCGACAGCAGAGAUUCUCCACCACACGCUGAGUAUGCUGGUCCGGGAGAGGAAGAUCUACCCGACACCAGAGGGCUACUUCAUCGUCACGCCCCAGACCUACUUCAUCACGCCCUCUCUCAUCAGGACCAGCUCCAAAUGGUACCACCUGGAUGAGAGGAUACCUGACCGCCAGCAGCAACAACAACAACAACAGCAACAGUGUACCUCCCCCCUCUCUGGAACCAUCACCCCUUCCACUUCUGGCUGUGUCAGGGACAGGUCCCAUCCUAAGAACCAUGGAGACUCCUAUAAUAGUUACCGUGACGACCCCCCCAGCCACCACACCACCCUCACCAGGAAGUCCCCUAAGGAGCACCGAGAGGCCUACUCUCCCCACUCCCCUCACUCACCCCACUCCCCUCACACACCCACACAGACCCAGCCCCAGCCUACCUCCACAGAGAAGACCCGGAGCACCCUGAGCUUCCCCUUCAAGUCGGACACCCUGACCAAGCACCGUGAGGGGGGCAGCAGCGGGGAGAAGCAGUCCAAGAAGUUUGGCCUCAAGCUGUUCCGGCUGAGCUUCAAGAAGGACAAGACCAAGCAGCUGACCACCUUCUCGGCCCAGUUCCCCCCGGAGGAGUGGCCUCUGCGGGACGAGGAGACGCCCACGGCCGUGCCGCGCGACGUGGAGAUGGAGAUCAUCAGGCGGAUCAACCCGGACCUGACCGUGGAAAACGUGGCUAGACACACAGCCGUGAUGAAGAGGCUGGAGGAGGAGAGGGCUCAGAGGAGCAAGGCCAGCUCGUCAGCCCAGCACAGCGCACGCAGCAGGAGGAGCCGCGGACACCGCAAGCCCCAAGGUAAGCCGUCACGCUCCCACAGUAAGACCCGCGCCUCCCGGGGAGACCCCUCUGAGGGAUCCAACCUGGACCUGGGGGCUGAGAGGGACUACCGGGCUUACAGCUCCUCCCUGGCUCGCUCGCCACGGGAUGCCUCCUUCUCCAUGGAGCGCAGCCGUGCCCGACACCUGGCCCACAGCAACCCAAACAUCAUGGAGUCCCACCUGCCCAUCACCCCAGAGUGGGACGUGUCGGGAGAGCUGGCCAAGAGGAGGACGGAGAUGCCCUUCCCCGAGCCCUCGCACGGGCCGUCCCACUCCAAGGUGCACCGCAGCCACAGCCACACGCAGGAGAGGAAGUCGCGCAACGAGCGCUCGGACAACAAGGCCAAAGAGCGGUCCCGCUCAAUGGACAACUCCAAAGGGCCUCUCGGGGCCGGGCAGAUUGGGCCCCCGGACUACUUUGAGCGCAGCCCUGAUGAGAGGGACAGAGACAGGAGCCGCUACUACACCGAUGACGGGACCUUGAGGGCCUCAGCCCAGGCCUCCCAGUACUCCCACUCGCGGGCCACGCCCCCUGCUGCUAAGUUGGCCACACCCCCUGCUGCUAAGUUAACCCCUGACCCCUGUGGGCCCGACGGAGGGAGAACACUUGAAAAUAACAAAAGUAGAGACCGUUUACCUGCCUACGACAGCCAGAAGGCUUAUUCUCCUAAACACAUGGCUGAGGACUAUUUCCAGUGCAAUGCAUCCACUGAGGCGGUCCUCACUACCCCUAGUCCCUUAGGAAAACCCAAUCACGAUAGCUUACCUAAGGUGAAGGUGGGCUGUUCGUCCGACAGACAGACCCCUCAUCCCCCAGAGUACAAAGAGGACACUACAAAGGGACAGAACGGUGUUAGUUUGCCCAUGCCCUGCCAGAUGCCUGAGCCUUUGCCAAAUGGCCGUUCAGUACAGCACCACAACACCAACUCUGGUAGCAUGGACAGGAGGAAGGACAUCUUCAGCAAAGACACUCUGUUCAAACCUCCGCCCAACACGCUGCCCAGCGGCUACGGGGACGGUAGCUACUCCAGGUCGAGCACGCUGAGGAAGACCCCGGUCAUGUCGUCGGCCGAGGUGCUGGACAGCCAGGAGCACUUUGAGCAGCCGGGCCCCCAGCUAGCUGUGCCCCGGCCCCCCUCCUCUGGCCCCUCAGGGAUGGAGCAGGCUGGCUCGUGCCCGGCCGGGGAAGCCUCCUUCGACUACUACAACGUGUCUGAUGACGACGAGCUGGAGGACGCCGCCUCAGCCAAGCAGGCAGAGCAGGAGCCGAAGUCCCCAGAGGGCUGUGGUGGGGUCGGAGGGGGAGGGGGGGGUACCAUGCAGUGGCUGCUGGAGCGGGAGAAGGAGAGGGACCUCCAGCGCAGGUUUGAGAGGAACCUGACCUUCCCCAACCCCAAGGAGAGUGAGCACAACAACCAGAGCCAGCAGUCAGCCCACUCAGCCAGGCUGGACAGCAUGGACAGCAGUAGUGUUACAGUGGACAGUGGAUUUAACUCUCCACGCACACGAGAGAGUCUGGCCUCAAACACCUCCAGCAUCGUGGAGAGCAACAGACGUCAGAACCUGGCUCUGAGUCCCGGACACCUGGGAAUCGCCACGGGCAACGGUCCACCUUUCACCUUCCGGACCAUUCCAGAGCCACCGCCUACCACCCAACCCGAGAAACUCCAGAAACCCUCAAACUGUUUGGCCUCCAUCACCAGUGUGUGA